AUGCCAAGCACAAGAAAUAUGAGAAAUCUCAACAAUUGUUUUUCAGAUUCAACUCUAUCAAAAUCUCCACCUACAAGUCCCACUGCUAUUACUACUACUACCAGUGCAACUUCCUCACAUCAACAUCAUCACAAACCUUCUCCUUCUACAUCUCCCACAUCAUUUAUGAUCAAGAACUUCAACUCUCUCUAUGACCCUUCCUUAAACUCUGACCAUACUUUAUGUUCUUCUUCACUCUCUACCACUUUCACCAUAUCCACAUCAUUCAAUCUUGAUGUCGAACCCGAACCCGAGCUCGAACCAGUUGACUUUGCAGCUGCCUUCGCCUCUCAACGGUUCUUCUUCUCCUCUCCUGGAAGUUCGAAUUCACUAGUUGAAUACACAGAUACAAAUUGCAAGUCCAAUAGUAGUGAGCGUGAGCGUGAGAAGAAGAAGAAUAACAAAAAGGAAGAGAAAGAGGAGGUUUUGUUCAACGGAAGCGUGGCUGUUCCGACCUAUUCGCCCGAUCCUUAUACGGAUUUCAGGAGAUCGAUGCAAGAGAUGGUGGAGGCGCGUCCGGAGUUGAUGGAUGUGAAGUCAAAUUGGAACAUCUUGCAUGAAUUGCUUCUUUGUUACCUUGCUCUCAACCCAAAGAACACUCACAAGUUCAUUCUUGGUGCUUUCGCGGAUCUUCUCGUUACCCUCAUAUCAUUGUAAUCAUGAUUUUAAAUUACAGUUGCACUAGGGUUGCAAAAGACACUCAUCAGCUUAUUCUAUGAGCUUUUUCCUUUUUCCGAUCUUCUCAUUACCUGCGUAAUAUGAUAAUCAUGAUUUUAAAUUGCAGUUGCAAGUGUAUGCACAUUGGAGAUAUUUUUAAUAUUGCGGUUGCAAUUGUAAUUGCAGUUUGAAUUAUGAUUCAUGUGAUCUCCAAAAACAUGUAGGGUUGAUGUCAGCUAAUGAUUUGUCUCAUCAUGAUCAAUAAAAGUGGUAUAUGAUUCAUACA